AAUUGGAUUUUAGGUUUUAUGAUUCGAACCUCGGUUGGGGGAGCUGCCAUUUAUGGUUGCUGUAAAUUGUAUAUAAUCCUAAACAAGAUCGCAGAAAUUCUGUCUCAAUUCCUUCUCCUUUCGAUAGCUUCCCCUUUUUUCUUGUCUUCUCCGCUUUUCUUUCGCGUAGGAAAUCACCAAAUCGCAGCGCACAACGGAUGUCUAUGUGAACACUUUUACGCAUAUUGGGUCUACAAACACCGAUGCUAAAUACGAGCUUCAACGGCAGCGGCGGCCGUGUAAAAGCUGAGGAUGUAAUUUCGAAGCUCAAAGACGACGGUGAUUUCGAUCGGCUUCGUCGAAAGAUCAUCCGUAAACUCAAGGUUAAUGAAGAAUUGCGAAGCAAUAUUAUAUCAAUGGUGAAACAAUCAGUAUCACUAAGUCGUCCAGGCGCUGAGUCUAUGAAACCACGCCAGCUUUCUGAUGCAAUACACCAAGAAAUUGGGGACAAACUGAUGAACCAAAUAUCUGAUGGCUUGUGGAAUAUAAUUAGAUCUGCUGAUGGCAUGCAGCCUGAAAUAAAAGAAACUGUACAGUCAGUUUAUGAUAAAUUAUCAAAUCCCGAAGGGAAGGUUAAUGCUGUUGGCACACUUACAGAUGAAGAGUUAAAUGACCCUCCAGGAUUUGGUCCAACUGAGAGGCGAAACAAGGACCAAAUGAACCAAACAAACAAUAUUGGUAGGCCAAACCGUCGUAAACGAAAAGCAAUAGAAGAAAACAAGGGAGACAAGUCGCAGUUGGAGGAUUUAGCAGAGCCUGACAAUUUGGAUUAUGGUGCUCCACCUGGCUUUUCUUCUGUUCUCAAGCAUAAGCAUUCAGUAGAUGCCAGUGAUGAAGAUCCUGACGUGCCUCCUGGAUUUGGAUGAGUAAAACAUUCAGCUCGAAGUUUCAGCAUUAUAUGACUUUUUGACAUGGGGAAGGAUUCAAAUCUAUGACUGGAUCUAAUCUUGAAUCUAGAGGGCCAUGAUCCCAAGCUUGGGUUUUGACAAUUUUCACCAUAGAAUCAUUGCCAUCCAAUUUUAUAGUAAUCCUUUUUAGUACAUGAAAAUGGAUUUACAACUGGCUCCAUCCAAUCUGAGGCUAGGGUAAGUGUACUCUUUUGCAUAUAUUUUUACUAUAGUGAUUUGAUCAACUUCUCACAUUGACUCCAAAACUUAGGCUUUACUAUGAAACCGAACUAAGGACUCCCUUAGACUGACCUAAUUUUUUGUCUUUUAUCAGCUGGAUUAAAAUAUUUCCGGUUGAUCUCAUGCCUUAUGUAAAUCUGAUUCGAGAAAAUUUCUGGAUCAUGGCUGAUUGAUAGUAUGUAUACAAGCACUUAGGUACUGCUUACUAACGAAGUCCCUUUAGUAGAUUUUAGAGAGUGUUUCAAAUAAAACUUGUUACCGUGAGCCCGGUGAAUACUCUUGAACUGAACCUAUAAAGUAAUUGCACCAAACAAUUACAUAGAACUCUACAUCCAGCAAAUAUUGCAAAAUUACUUAUAGUUCAGUGCAUUUACUAUAUAAGUGCAGGAGUUCUCGUAGUUCGCACAAUAAGAAGUUUUUAUUUGAACUAGACCCUGUUUAGUAUAUGUAUCCACCAGUGGCCUAUGAUAUGCGAUUUCAAAGUUUGGAUUAUUUGCAUGGUUGAGAUUCAUGUAUUAGCAUGACUACUUAACAAAUUCAUUCAGUUGGUCUGCAGGGAAAGAAGGUAUGGAGAGUACAACCCGAUACACAAUUGACAUUUUAGAUAUUGUUAGAUGGUAUCUAACGUUGAUAGAUCGCCAAGCUUUAGGGAAGCACAUGUGAGUUGCAUUCUAAAAAUGUAAUUUUUGAUCUGUUUUCGAUUUGUUUCACUUGGUAGGUAUCCUCUCUAGGUUGAAAAUUUCACUUUGUAUGUAUUACUUCCCAGGAUGGAAGAAAUGAUUCAAGGGGAUCGUGCUUGUGUGGAAUUUUCUGAAAAAGAAAAACGAUCAGGGUAUUGAAAGUGGUCAGUCUUCAAGUGAUUCAAGAUUUGCAGUUGGGUGAUUGGCCUCAAGAUGAAUAAAAGCAGGCAGUAUUUGCGUACUUACGUUUUCAUGUUUGUUUGUUCUUUUUGUUUUUGUUUUUGUUUGUUUGUUUGUUUUUUUUUUUUUCAUGUUUCGUUUAUAGAAUUUCAAUUGUACUAAUAUAUAGCAAUAUGAAUGUGCUUCCACAUGUUCUGAGAA